CGCUGUUAAACAGUUAAAAAUCGAAAUUUCGCGAACGUACGAAAUACGAAAACCAUAUUUAUUAUUAACAAUUUAUUUUUAUUGAUUUCCUAUUAUCGUAUGCGAUCCAUCAAAGAAGUUGUGAAAAGUAGAAUUUCAACUGUCCGUUCGUUAUGUUAGUGAUUUUUCCGGUUUACGAGGUGUCGAUUUCCAUUCAGAUCUUCGAACACAGAAAAAUACAUUAAAGGACAUUCUUUAAAGGCUCCAUCGCAAUAUAUUGUAAUAAAAUAUGAAUUCCUCAAUCCAAGAUCCUGAAUCUAAAUUCAGCAGCAUAAGAACCUUACCGGAUAUCCAGAAACUGACUGUCUACAAAAUAAGAUGGCUAAUUUUGGCAAUAUUUGUUCUCUUUUCUGCAUCAAACGCUAUGCAAUGGACGCAGUAUACUAUAAUUAGUAAUGUAAUAGAAAAGUAUUAUGACGUGUCUACGGAAUGGGUCAACUGGACCUCUAUGAUUUAUAUGGUUCUAUACAUCCCAUUUAUUUUUCCUGGUAGUUUUUUGUUAAAAAAGUUGGGUUUAAGAGUGGCAAUAAUAAUAGGAAUUCUGGGAACAUGUCUAGGCACAUGGAUAAAAGUAGCUUCUGUAAGUCCAGACAGAUGGUUGGUGGGCUUUUUAGGACAAAGCUUAGUUGCAUUAUCUCAAGUUUUCGUGCUUUCAGUACCUGCACGAUUGGCCGCUGUUUGGUUUGGACCGGAUCAAGUUUCAUCGGCGUGUAGCAUUGGCGUUUUUGGCAAUCAGAUUGGUAUUGCGUUGGGAUUUGUGAUUCCUCCAAUGAUCGUAGUCGGAGGAGAAACCGCUGAAGUGACUAAACAACUUUAUAUACUUUUUAUUGGGGUGGCUAUAUUUACCUCCAUAAUUUUGGUCCUUGUCGUCAUUUUUUUUAAGAACGGACCUCCAACUCCACCAUCUUAUUCGGCCCAACAACAAGAAGAAGAUGAAGUGAACUUUAUGGAAUCUCUAAAGCGUUUGAUUAAGAAUCGAAGUUUUAUGUUGCUCUUAAAUGCCUAUGGGAUUAACGUGGGAGUCUUUUACGCGAUUUCCACUUUAUUAAGUGAAAUUAUUUUAAAAUAUUACGAGGGUCAUGACCAAGAUGCUGGACGAAUAGGAUUAGUAAUUACUAUUGCUGGUUUGGUUGGAUCAGUCUGCUGUGGCUAUGUAUUGGAUCGUUUUCGUAAGUUCAAACAAACCACCAUUGUCGUUUAUGCCUUUUCUUUGGUGGGAAUGCUGGUGUUUACCUUUACACUGGAUAAAGGUCUCUACGUUGUCUAUGUGAUUUCUGGAUUAUUAGGAUUUUUUAUGACUGGACUUUUAGCUGUGGGUUUCGAGCUGGGCGCCGAGUUGACAUACCCAGAACCCGAGGGGACCCAAGCUGGUCUGCUGAAUGCCGCCUCUCAACUAUUCGGUAUUGGUUUAACAAACAUUUACUUUCAAUUAUUUCAUAAAGUAAAUAUCACGUGGGCAAAUUUAUCGAUGUGUAUAGCGUUAGGUUUAGGUUUGUUUAUGUUGAUUUUUACUAAUUCACAUUUGAAGCGACAGGCGGCGACUUCGGCGCCAAAUUCAAAGUAGACUCAAUAAAUUAUUUAUUAUUAAGGGAAAUUGACUAAGCUUUUUUUGUAGGAAUGUUAGUUACAGUAUUUUAUCUAGUCACAAGGCUAAAAACUAAUAGAUUUAAGUUUUAAUUGUUGUAAAGUUUUAUCUACGUUUACUACUUACUGAUAAUUGUAUUAAAUAUUUUGGUAAUAUCUGUGAUUAGUGGCAUGCAAUAUCUACUUGAACCAUACAUAGUUAAAUAAAUAAAUAAUACAGCAGAUUCUGUAAAUGUAUGUUAGAACUUAUGACGAAUUCUUAACAUACAUUUUCAUAUUACAAGAAAACUUGUUUUUUAAACAUAUUAUAGGCUUUAAGAUUCAUGUCGCUACUCUUAUAAUUGCUAAGAAAUUUUUUGUAGUACAUUUUAUUGACAAGAAAAAUAAAAUUAAUUUGAUUUUUAA